AUGCUUCUCAAAGUGGCACCUGCGUUUGCCUUGUUGAACAUCCAUAGUGAAAAUUUGAGUCUGAUGUUACCAAUUUUUUCACAUGGAUCUGUUUUGAAGAAUUUUUCAGCAAAAAGCGGAAAUGAGUUGGUAGUAUGUGCUUCAAAGGGUUUGAGCAGCAAAUCCUUAACGGGUGUUGUUUUCGAGCCCUUUGAAGAGGUGAAGAAAGAGCUUAUGCUUGUACCUACUGUUCCUCAAGUUUCUCUUGCUAGACACAAGUAUUCUGAUCAAUCUGAAGCUGCUAUUAAUGAACAGAUCAAGUAUUCAUCCAUCCUUCAAAAUGAAAGCUGUGUGGCUGGUAACAAAAUGUAG